AUGUCUCUCAACAACGAGACCCCUCUUGAAAUUUUGAUUCUUGGUGGAGGCGUGGCAGGCCUCACGGCUGCCAUGGCCCUGGCUAAAUUCUCACCUGAGUCGGCACCACCGAAAAUUCGAGUCUUCGAGAUUCGUCCUAAGCCUGGUGUCAUUGGCGGAGCGGUCAAUCUGACACCGAACGCGCUGAGACUGCUCGAUCGUCUAGGUGUCCUGCCGAUAAUGAGAGAGAAUGACUAUGGCAUGGAGAUUGAUUGCAUCGAGGUCUUCAGUGUGUACCAACCAGUGCAGUUGGGAGAGUCAAGCUUCAGAGGACCGGAAGGUAAAGGUCUUGGAGAUCCGCCGUACAAAGCUUUACGAGUCACUCGUGCAGAUGUCAUGAAAGCCCUUGUGGAAGCCGUCGAGAAGUGUCCGAAUGUCGAAUUUACCUGUGGAAAGAAGACCACUAAGAUUGAUGAGGACGAUGAGAAAGGCGUCACACUGACUUUCGAGGAUGGAACCACUGCUCACGGAGACAUGCUCGUAGGCUGUGAUGGUAUUCACAGUGUCACUCGUCUGAAGCAUGUCGAGCCCGAGCGAAAGGAAAUCUACGCUGGCAUUGCAAACGCCUUCGGCUUUGCACCUCUAAACAAGGACAAUCCCAAGAUCCAAGAUAUUAGCCAACUGCAUUUCAACAAGACAGCCAUCAACUUCGCACGACGCGGAAUGAUGUUGUCAAGUUUCUACGAGCCGACGAAGACUUCAGUCUAUGUAGGCGGUGUGUUGCAGGUGCCAGAAAUUGCGUCCAGGGAUGGUUGGAAAGUCCGUGGUGCCGACCAAGAGCUCACGAAGAAAGAUAUGCGAGAGAGGUUUGCUACUGACGAUGUGGUAUUCGAUGACCUCAAAGCUCUAAUCGACACUGCUGAGGAUUGGUUCAUGUGGCCCAUCUUUACUCUGCCACCUGAAGGCCGCUGGGCGACCCAACGCACGAUGCUCUUGGGAGAUGCAGCUCAUGCCAUGCCGCCACAAGGCGAAGCCACAGGCAUUGUACUCGAAGACACCGUGCUCUUUGCAAGAUGUCUGGCAAGACAACAAGAACUGGGCACCGGAAGCUUUAGCGACGCAUUUGCAGCCUACGAAAGACUGCGUAGAGACCGCAUCAAUGCCGCUUUCAAGGAAUCCGGAGCUGUCGUAAAGACUGUCCAGGAUGCCGGCUGGUUGGGUCACAAGAUCAAAUGCUUUGUUGUGCCAUGGUUCUUGUGGUUUACCAGUGGCAAGCGAGAGAAGCACUUUACUGAGGAUGUCACCACUUCUGAUCUUGGAUUCUGA